AUGGAUCUUCAAGUACGACUCGAUCAGGAAUGGGGAGCCUACACAGAGAAAGACACUGUGUCUGGCCACUUGAUCUUCCGUAACAAGGCGCCAGUGAACAUCUCAACAAUUACAGUCAAGCUGUCUGGGAUAGCAACGUCGCGACUAAAUUCUGGAAGAUACGUUGAGUCCCAUCAGUUAUUCCAACGUUUUCAAAAUGUUUUCCCGCCCCAGAAGAUAACCGAGAUCCCCGUUUCUAGAAGUCUAACUGUUGGCUCUGGGACGCACAUCUUUCCGUUCUCCCUCACGUUUCCUGCAACGUCCGAAUGCCAUAAGAUCAGUCUAGAUGAGAGCAAACCAAACCAGUCAUGCACGGGGUUCCUCCACCGGAAGAACAAAACCCACCAUCUUCUACGAAAGCUUCCACCCUCGACUGGCGACACCCUAUCGGCCUGGGAGGUCAGGUACUUCCUGGACGUCACUAUAACAAAGACCGGUAUCUUAAAAGGGGUGGAGAAAUUACAGACUCGCAAUAUCCUAUUCUACCCCGUGCAUGAAUUUAGCCCUCCAAAAAGCAUACUAAGAAGAAGAUGUCUUCUUGCCAUCAGCCACGAUUCUGUCAGCACCAGCAGCCCACUGGCAUUUCAGGUUGACGUCGAGCUGCUGAACGGGCAGUGCUUACUUCUAGGCUAUCCUAUCCCAUUGAGGAUUAAGCUCACCAAAGUCGGAGACAGAGAAUGCUUCGUAUGGUUGAAUGACUUCCAGACCAUGCUCGUGGGAUCAACGGAGACGCAUGCAUCUGGGCUUGUCGAGAAAGACACACAGUUCCAGGUCAUACAAACCAUGUCGAACAUCCACCACGUUGUCAGCCAUGAUCGAGCCCUAAAUGGGGCUGAAUUAUGUAUUGGGGACAGUAUCUGGAACAAACACCGACUACCAACCACGCUCACGCCGUCGUUUGAGACCUGCAACAUCAGCCAAACAUAUACACUCGAAGUCAGACUAGGUCUGCAAUGUGGCUACUCUAAGUUCAGGACGACGAUAUUGGAGUUUAGUUUCCCGGUCUAUCUCGCCCCUCCAUCAAUGGAUCCCGACCCGUAUGAGGCGAAAUCGGCUAAGCUGUUCUAA